CACCACCACCACCAAGGGAAAGCUUUUAACUUCUGGUAAGUGGUGUUAGCUUUGGUACUUUAUUUAUAGUUAGUUUAAGUAGUUAGUUGUUAGUUUAAGUAGUUAGUUUAGUUAGUUAAGUUGGUAAUUUAGGCUGCUGAAUCGUGAAUCGAAUCGGUAAAUGAAUUGCCGUUAAUGUAUCGGAUUAUGAUUUACCGUUAUUAUACCGGAAUUUGAUUUACCGUUAUAGGGUCGGUUAUUGAUUUACCGUUUUUGUUCCAGGGAUGACAGAGUCCUUUUUCUUUGGUGAAUCACAAUUGAUACAUGCUGCUGGAUUGGAAAAUGAUAAUCCAGAGGAGCAACCAUCACUAGCUGAACCUCCGAUUAUAUCUAUAGAUGUCUCUCAUUUGUAUCAUACUGAUCAGCGUUUCCCUUUGAAAGAUGAUCUUAUGAAAUGGGUUCGCGACAUUUCUAUGGCAAAUAAUUUUGUUUUGGUGACAACAAAGUCUGAUAGUGGUGCGAAGGGAAGAAAAGAAUAUGUCAUUCUGGGGUGUGAGAAGCAUGGUGCGUAUAUUCCCUACAGAGAACCGGAUCUUGUUGAAGGAACGUCAACACAAAAGACAGGUUGUCCUUUUAGGCUAAAAGGACGACGUACGAAAGAUGAUAAAGGUUGGUGGUUGAAGGUGAUGGACGGUAGACACAUCCAUCUCGCAGCUGAGUCACUAGUUGGCCACAAUUACGCUGGUAGACUGAAUAGUGAGGCGAAGGAGGACGUGAUAAAUCAGGCUAAGACUUGGGUUCCACCUAGAAAGAUGUUGGCGUCCUUGAAGGAAAUUUCCAAUCAAUCGUUUAGCAACUAACCAUAGGAAAAGGAAAAUAUAGAGAAUUAGUUGUUAGUUUGCAUGUGAAUGUGAUUAAAUUAAAUUUCUAGCUGUGUUAAGGUCAAGCAACCAUCAUCACAAGCAAACAAAAACAAUAAACAACUUUCCUAAUUACAACACAUGAAGCAUAUGAUUUGAGCGCUUAAUCUUUUCCAAUAAACAAUAAACAAUAAACAACUUUCCUAAUCACAACACAUCAAAUCUAUCUUGAUCUUUUCCAAUUCUCAACAAAUCAGCAAAGUAAUCCUGGAAGCUAAAUACAUGCCAUGGUUAAAUAUUGGAAAUAAAUUUUGGAAGUCUGCACUGUCAUACUGUCAUAUCGGAAAAUCAUUUUCCAUUACCAUAUCGGAAAAUCAUUUUCCAUUAUCAUAUCGGAAAUUGAUUUUCCGAUAUUACAGUAAACCCAGAAACAGACCCAAAUGCACCCCACUCGUGCCCGUACUCGUUUCAUGGAAUUUCAGGCAACAAAACACAACAAAACCUACCUCUAAUCAUCAAUCAACUACCCUAGUGUUCAACCAUUGACCUAAUUCAAACUUCAAAUGUGAAAAUCAUUGAAAUCAAAACUUACCUUUUGAAUGUAAUGGAAUGGGUCUUUGUGGGAGCUUUGAUGAUGAU